AUGUCCUCAGCCGUAGCUGAGCUGGACGCUGUCCUGCAGUCUAUGCUGCACCUCAAACCGCCUGGCGUAUCUGGGUCAAAGAUCAAUGCUCUCACAACCCUAUGUACAGCCAACAUACAAUCCGAGUCUGUUCUCGUUGGAAAAAUCUAUACACACUUCAAGAAGGCUCCAGGCACACAUAAACUCGGCGUACUCUACGUUGUAGACUCUGUGACUCGUCAAUGGGUAGAUCAAGCCAGAAAAUCUGGCCAACAAGUCGGCCCUUCUGCGACUGACGGUACCUUUGCUGCCGGCGUUCAUAGAGUUACUGAACUCCUACCCUCACUGAUGACAGACAUUAUCGGUGCUGCGCCUGAAGAUCAAAAGCCCAAGAUUAGAAAGCUUGUGGAGAUCUGGGAACGAUCCAGCACCUUCCCAUCUGCCACGUUGUCAGGUAUCAAGAGUCAGCUCGAUGCUGCACCCUCAAACAGUGUGUGA